AAAAUAGUGUGUUUUUCAUAGCUUUCGACGUGGCUUUCAAUAGGCAUUGCAUUGAAUGUUAUAAUACCGCUAUUAUAGCUGUAAUACAUUUACAGACAUUAUAAUAGAAACACUUAUUUCAUAACAUUAUUGUUAUGAAAGUAAUGUAUUUUUAAUGCAAACUAUUAGUCCAUUGAUUAGUGAUUGCAUUAACACUAAUGUAUUGACCGACUGAUUGACCACAAGUGUGACCACAUAUGCAAUGACUUAUUGAUUGGACAAUACUGAUGGAUAUCUUGAGCCAUCAAAUAUUGUCACAUCUAUUAGUGACCAGUGAUUGAUUAUUGCCGAUAAUAACAGACCCAUGAUUUGUGUCACAAUUUGGUGAUCAUUGUGUUAAAGGUUUCUUCACAUCAAUUGUUUGAUUCAUUUAUUAGUCAAAAACUAAUUGAAAGCCGAAUUAAUUAAACGGACAAUUAAACUAUCGGACAAUGUCUUCGAGUCCGUCGAGUCGUCGCAAUCGGUCUACUGAUGAGUCGUCGACACGAAAGUCAAGACAUGACAACUAUGACCACUACACGGACAGAGACAGAGACGACGAGUUCAAUACUCGAGGUCACGGCCCGCCUAAGAUCGAGGGAAUGGUUUCACUCAAAGUGGAUAAUAUCACACAACGCACGGGUGUUAACCUUUUGAAGAAAGUGUUCGGUAAAUUUGGUAAUUUGGGUGAUAUAUAUGUUCCCCGAUAUCCGGAUACAUUUGCCAGCCGUGGGUUUGCGUUUGUCCGCUAUUAUCGCAAACGAGAUGCUGAGGAUGCGAUGCGUGCCAUGAAUGGCGAACGAUUAGAUGGCCGUAUAUUGAGUAUUCAAAUGGCACGAUAUGCCAGACCUAACUCUAAAACUGACAAAUACUUGUCCGCCAAUCGCAGUCACUAUAGUUCAGAUGAUAGAAGAAAUGGUUUUAGUCGUUCCUACCGACGACCCGCUUAUAGCGACCGUUUGUCAUCGAGACGUCGGCGAUCCAGAAGUCGUUCUCGUUCUCGAUCCCGAAGAAAAACUGAUUCAAGACAUAAAAGAAGUAGAAGUGGAAGCAAAAGCCGAUCAUCCAAAAGAAGAAGAUCGCCUUCUCGUGAUCGAUCCAAAAGCCAAACUCCUUCUAAAAGUAGAUCCAAAAGCAAAUCCCGAAGCAGAUCCCGAAGCCAAAACAGGAGCUCAAGUGAAAAAAUUGAAGAUGAAGUUAAUAAUGACGUUGAAAAUGAAUGCAAUUUAAAUGAUAACAAUGAUGUCAAUUACGAGUCUGAAAACGAUAGAAAGUCCAUAUCAUCUUCGGGUGACAGACAAGACAACAAUCAGUUAAAUGAUUAUUAAUUGACAAUCAAUUUGAUUUUACCGGUAGUAAAACAAUUGGUUGAACCAAAUGGGGUCUUUAUAUGACAAUAAUUUUUUUUUAAUAAUAUGAUUAUGUUAUAUAAUUUAUAUACUAUCAUAUAAUAUAUCCUAU